CACCUCUGCCUGGUGAUGGAGUACGCCCGGGGGGGCCCCCUCAGCCGGGCCCUGGCCGGCAAGAAGGUGCCCCCCCACGUGCUGGUCAACUGGGCCGUCCAGGUGGCCCGCGGCAUGAACUACCUGCACCACCAGGCCCCCGUGCCCAUCAUCCACCGUGACCUCAAGUCCAUCAACGUCCUGAUCCUGGAGCCCAUUGAGAAUGAUGACGACCUGAGCGGGAAGACCCUGAAGAUCACGGACUUUGGACUGGCACGCGAGUGGCACAAAACCACCAAGAUGAGCGCGGCGGGCACCUAUGCCUGGAUGGCGCCAGAGGUCAUAAGGCUCUCCCUCUUCUCCAAGAGCAGCGAUGUCUGGAGCUUUGGGGUGCUGCUCUGGGAACUGUUGACCGGCGAGGUCCCCUACCGUGAGAUCGAUGCCCUCGCCGUGGCGUACGGUGUGGCCAUGAGCAAGCUGACGCUGCCCAUCCCCUCCACCUGCCCCGAGCCCUUUGCCCGCCUGCUGGAGGAGUGCUGGAGGCCGGACCCCCACGCGCGCCCAGACUUUGGCUCCAUCCUGCAACAGCUGGUGGCCAUCGAGCAGUCAGCCAUGUUCCAGAUGCCCCUGGAAUCCUUCCACUCUUUGCAGCAGGACUGGAAGGUGGAGAUUGCGAGCAUGUUCCAAGAGCUGCGCACCAAGGAGAAGGAGCUGCGGAGCCGGGAGGAGGAGCUGCUGCAGGCCGCCCACGAGCAGAAGACCCAGGAGGCAGAGCUUCGCCGUUGGGAGCAAGAGCUGGCCGAGCGGGAGAUCGACAUCGUGGAGCGGGAGCUGAACCUCAUCAUGACCCAGAUGGGGCAGGAGAAGCCCCGGGUGAAGAAGCGGAGGGGGCACUUCCGGGGCUCCCGCCUCAAGCUACGGGACGGGAACCACAUCAGCCUCCCCUCGGGGUUUGAGCACAAGAUCACAGUGCAGGCCUCGCCCACGUUGGACCGGCGGAAAGGUCUGGGGGCCGAUGGCGUCAGCCCCCCGGGGAGCCCCAUCAUCAUCCCCCGCCUGCGCGCCAUCCGCUUGACUCCCUUGGAUGGAAGCCGGACGUGGGGGCGCAGUACCUUGGCCAAGAAGGAGGAGCUGGUGGGGACCAAAAAGAAAGGGCGGACUUGGGGGCCCAGCUCCACCCUCCAGAAGGAGAGGCUCGGUGGGGAGGAGAGGCUGAAGUCCCUGGCUGAAGGGAGCAAGCAGUGGUCAUCCAGCGCACCCAACCUGGGGAAGUCUGCCAAGCACAUGCCCCUGGCAGUGGGCUUCGCCAGCUUAACAGAGAUGGAGGAGUAUGCGGAGAACAGCCCCCCUCAUUCCCCAUGUCUUCCCCUCUCUCCAGAGGGGUCAGGGGCCUCUGCCCCCCUGCAGCAGCUGCCAUCCAGCUCAGAGGGACCCAAGCGGGGCAUGGGGCCGUCGCGUCGCCGCAGUGAGCUGGUUUUAUUGGGCUGUGCCUCCAUCCUGGCGUCCGUCGCACUGGGUGCAGACCUGGCUGAGAUGGCAGGGGAGGGCCUCAGUGCCCCGCUGGGACCCCCCAACUCCCUCACCCUCCUGUCCCUCUCGUCCCUCUCGGACUGCAACUCCACCAAGUCACUCCUGCCCUCAGACAGUGACGAGGCCUCCUGCCUCCCAGAGCCCCGCAGCCCCUCACCUGAUUUCCUCUACAACCCCCUGGUGGAUAUCACCAUGGAGAGCUUCAAGAAGGACCCUCGCCAGUCGCUCACGCCCACCCAUGUCAGCGCCCCGCAAGUAAUCAGCCGAGGACACCGGCGAACGCCCUCCGAUGGAGCUAUCCGGCAGGCAGGCCAGGGCUCUCUGCAGGCUGCUGACCACCAGGGUGCCCAGGAAGCCCUGCUCUUUCCAUGCCUGCUGGACUCCCCCUCCCUUUCCUCUGGCCAGGCCCACCACAGUGUCUUGGAGCAGCCUGCCGCCACUGAAAGGCCAGCGGAGCGCCCUCGGACACUUGCCUUUGCCCCCCGCCCCCGCCCACCCCCGAGCCGCCCCCGCAUAGACCCCUGGAAACUCGUCUCCUUCGGCCGGACCCCGGGGGAAUCCACCAAGGGCAGCCCUGGGUGCCGUCAGACGCUACUAGACAUGGACAUGGACGGACAGAACCGAGACAGGACCGUGCCCUUGUGUGGGAGGCGAACCUCCUGUUGUGGCCUGGAGCCGGACAUCUCCCAUUGA